AUGAAUGGUCCUAAAGAUAUUGCUAUAGAGAACAAGUGUUUCAAUAAGGAAGGAGAUUUUGACAAAGAUGAGGUAAUAGAUUUACAUGAUGUUGAACUUAAUAAGAGCGAAAGAAUUGUUCAAUGGGAUUGUGAAAGUGAUAGAGUCUCUCAAUCUAUUUGA